CAAAGAGAAGAUUUGGGGUGGGAGCGGCGCUGCCGGAGCUUCGCAGCCCUCGCUGCCCCCGCUUCAAAGCGUCUCUGCCCGCUGACAUCAGCGGCACCAAGCUCGCAUCAGCAACAAUUCCUCCCAUCGGGAUUGGGAAAAUAUUUGGGGUGAGUUCUCCAACUUAAAAGACACUGCAGCCUCCUGGAAGACAGCUGAGGGUUCUCCUCCAGCCCCAGCCAUGUCCUGCUACGACCUGUGCCGGCCCUGCGGCCCCACCCCGCUGGCCAACAGCUGCAACGAGCCCUGCGUGCGGCAGUGCCAGGACUCGCGGGUCAUCAUUGAGCCGUCCCCCGUGGUGGUCACCCUGCCCGGGCCCAUCCUCAGCUCCUUCCCCCAGAACACCGCCGUGGGAUCCUCCACCUCCGCCGCCGUGGGCAGCAUCCUCAGCGAGUCUGGGGUCCCCAUCAACUCCGGGGGCUUUGGGCUCUCGGGGCUCUCCGGCCUCGGUGGCCGCUACUGCGGCCGCAGGUGCCUGCCCUGCUAG